GAGGUCCUCAUUUUCAAAACAAACAAAAUGGCGACGCACAUGAGAUGGGGUCUUCAGUGGUUGUUACGGGCAAGAAAUACGACUCACUUUAGGUUUCCUGUCAGGGCCAGAUGCUCAUACCACUCACAGUGCUCGACCCAGAUCUUCAGAAAAGUUCCGCCUCUGCCCGGGACCGGAACCACACACUUCUCAGUGAGACACCUUUCCAUCCAGACUCAAGACACUCCAAAUCCCAGUAGCUUGAAGUUUCUCCCUGGCAAACCUGUCUUAGGAAGUGGGACGCUUGACUUUCCCACUCCGAGCUCCGCUGAAUGUUCAUCCUUAGCCAGGGACCUGUUUGAAAUUGAAGGAGUAAAAAGUGUGUUCUUUGGCCCGGACUUCAUCACAGUCACUAAAACUGAUGAGGAUGUGGAAUGGACAGACAUUAAGCGUCAUGCCGUGGAGGCCAUUGCUAAAUUCUUUGAGAGUGGUGAGCCGAUAACAACAGGUGCAGUGCACCAUGAAAGCAGUCAUUCUGAAGAUGAUGAUGAUAUUGUAUCUAUGAUAAAGGAGCUUCUUGACACCAGAAUCAGACCAACAGUGCAGGAGGAUGGAGGCGAUGUGAUAUAUAAGGGGUUUGAUGAUGGCACAGUCAAGCUGAAGCUGGUUGGUUCCUGCACAGGGUGUCCCAGCUCUACAGUUACCCUGAAGAACGGCAUCCAGAACAUGCUGCAGUUUUAUAUUCCAGAAGUAGACAAUGUGGAACAGGUGGAAGAUGAAGUGGAUGAAAUCAACGCAAAGGUUUUCUCUGAGCUGGAACGCAAAUUACAAGACUGAAAACAUUCUUGACUAACAAACUCAUGGAUUUUGUUGGAGGAGAAAUAUAUUCCACUGUGUGAAAACACAGACGUGCGUAAUUUCCACUAAUUACCAUUCUGCAAAUAUGAGAAUGAAAAGAGAAAAGUAUUACCUGCUAUUUUGUGUGCACACUGUAUGCCCCUGUUAACAAGCAAAGCAGAUACAAAAAUAUAUCUGUAUACAGAAAAUACUGUCGUUCUUCUAGCCAGUCAAAAUGUUAUACUGUGAUGGCUAUAAAUGUUGUGAUGUAUUUAUUACUUAUAAAUAUUUUAUAUUUUAAAAGAAUAUUUUCAUAGAUUGGAGAAUUUUUUUGACAAUGGUUAUGGUCAUGCAGAAUGAAGAUGAAUUGUUGCCACCAUUUACUGUUUUUGCUUGUUAAUCUAUCAUUCAUAAAUAAAACAUGUUAUUUAGGCUGUAAUUAUUCAUUAAGUGGAAGUAAAUUUGUUGUGUAACUACCUACAAGAUAUGUAUGCUAUAUAUGUGCUGUGCAAUCCACUCUUUAAAAUAACUGUAUCACUGCUGCAAACAAAGCUCACAGUCUGAAAGUAAA